ACUUACAGUUAAGAGUGCAUUUACUAGCGCUUCUGUACAAGAUCAGAUUAUUUGCUCGUCAUGUCAUAUACUUCAUAUCAGUGCAUUUUGCUUUUCAUCUGGGGUUUACAGCCGACAAUGCACGAGAGCUGUUUUGGUUCCAAACUACAAGAAUGAUGUCUGAGUGAUCAAUUGGAUGGACGCUUGCAUUAACGUGGGGGGAAAAAAUUAGCCUCUGGAUUUCAAUGCGAUGCUUUUAAUGGAAGAAUACUGUUACAGAAGAAAUAAUGGGCUGCGGUCAGCAGAUGAACAUCAUUAUGCUGUUGAACCCAAGAAAAUUCAACAACAUACUUAAUAAGAGAAAAGAACAUUAAUAAAAGCUGGAACUGAACAGACAGUUUUUUUAUAUUCAAUCUUUUGAAUAUCAAACCGAUUAUAUUCUACUUUUUUCUCCACCACCAAUUUGAUUUCUGCCUGUUUCUUCACAUCUUGUAUGUAAAUACUCACAUCAAGAGGACUAAUCAUGCAGGAAAAUGUGAGCUCCAGAAUGGACACCCCCACCAACAUCUCCCUAGUGGGGUCUGGGGACGCUGUGUCCGAGUCCCUGGAGUAUAAGACGGUAUCUGUGUUCCUGGUGCUGCUGGUGUGUGGCGUGGGCAUAGUGGGAAACAUCAUGGUCGUGCUGGUGGUUCUUACCACACAGCACAUGCGUACACCCACCAACUGCUAUCUGGUGAGCUUGGCCGUGGCGGACCUGAUGGUCCUGGUGGCCGCGGGUCUGCCGAAUAUCUCAGAGAGCUUGAUGGCCACCUGGGUGUAUGGGCAUGCUGGGUGCCUGGGCAUCACCUACUUCCAGUACCUUGGUAUUAAUGCGUCCUCCUGUUCAAUUACAGCCUUCACUGUGGAGAGAUACAUCGCUAUUUGUCACCCAAUGAGGGCACAAACGGUCUGUACGGUCUCCCGAGCCAAACGCACCAAACCCAUCAUUUCCGGGCUUUCAGCCUUCACCUGCUGUGUAUACUGUAUGCUCUGGCUGUUCCUGGUGGACAUCCAGGUGAACCCUGACGGUCGUGUUCAGUGCGGCUACCGCGUCUCUCGAGACCUCUACCUGCCCAUCUACCUGAUCGACUUUGCCAUCUUCUACGUGAUCCCGCUGCUCCUGGCCAUCGCUCUUUACGGUCUCAUCGCCCGAAUCCUUUACCUGAGUCCUCUGCCCCACCCACCAGACUCAGGUACCAUUACCGCCCCCACUCUCAGGAGGAGCUGCAAAGAACCAGCGGACGCCGGAAAAGCAGGUCGUCAGGGACGCCCAAAGAGCGCGCUUUCUUCCCGGAAACAGGUCACUAAGAUGCUCGCAGUGGUGGUUGUGCUCUUCGCCCUGCUGUGGAUGCCAUACAGGACCCUGGUUCUCAUUAACUCCUUCGUGAGCACGCCAUACCUGGAUGCCUGGUUCCUGCUCUUCUGCAGAACCUGCAUUUACGCCAACAGUGCGAUCAACCCUGUCGUUUACAACCUGAUGUCCCAGAAGUUUCGCUCGGCCUUCCGUGGGCUGUACCGCUGCCAUAGGGAAGACGUGCACCAGCGGACGCUCUCCAUGCUCCAGAGCGGAUACAGCCUGGGAAGGGACUCCCGACUUUGCAGCAACACCAACGGCACACCUAAGAAAAUCGGUUCAGUCACUCCUGAGCAGAAACCAAACAAAGGCAUGGUGAACAACAAGGAAAAUAUAGACAAGCUAAUUAGUGAUGGUGUAAAAAAUGAGACUGAGCCAAGCAUCAAGAAAAACACAGUUGAAAACUGCAACAUAGAUGAACUGAAAAGCUCAGUUGACAAAGAGAUGCCUACAGUUGAGAACGUAGACAUGAGCAAGAUUAAUGAUAAUGGGAAAAUAAUGGAGGAGAGUGAUAAUACUGCUCAGGGUAUUAUCGCUGACAUGAGCAACACAGAGCAGACACAGCUAGCCGCCAAUGAAUUCAAAUCUACUGUGGGGGAAGCUGAACAGAAUGACACAGAGUUAAAUCACAGCAUUGUAUAGAUCACUCCACUACAUACUGUAUAUAUUUCAUUGAAGUGGCAUGGUUGAUCGGUUGUUUAUUUUAAAGCCAUAUCUUGGAAUUCAAAACUUGUAUUUACAGGCGUCAUCCUCACUCUUCAGUGAAAGACUGAAGCCAUUCUCUCCUCAUAAUUUACAAGUGGAACCAUUUGGCUGUCAGCACCAGAAUCACAUGCCUCCUAGUGCUAGAGCUUCAGCUAGGAAUGACUGAUUUGUUCCAAAACAUAUAAUUUUGAAGAAACAUUUAACAUGUCAUAUUGCUGCUGCUUAAAACUAUAGACACUGAAACAGCACUCAAUAAAUCUUGAGGCUGAAAUAACCUACACGACUUUUAAAAUCUGAACUAAUUUUAAAACAGGCAUCAUACACUUGCCAACAUGUUUGACAUCUUUCGACGGAACUAUUGCUAAUUCUUUCAGACUGCAAGUCAGAGCAAAAAUCUGAGAAUAAAAUAAUGUAGUGUAUUCCAAUAAAUUCAAACUGGGCUUUUCCUUCAAGGGUAAGUUCAUUCACCCCCAUGCUGUUCCAAAACUGUAUGACUUUCUUACUUAUGCAGACCACAAAAGAAGAUAUUUUAAAGAAUGUUUCAUUCAGUCUUAUUCCAUACAAUGAAAGUCAAUGGGGUCCAAAACAAGAUUAGACCCAGUUGAGUUUCAUAGUAUACAAAAAAAAAAAAAAUGAAUGAUUCAUCCAUGCAUGUUUAUUUAUUUAUUUAUUUAUUUUAAUUUUACCUCAUAAUUUUUCACCAAAAUGUGCAACUCAAUCUUCCAGUGACACGACAAACUUCUAAAAUCAUUUAGUCUGCUUAAGUCCCGCUCUUUUGUUCUGUUUACAUCCAAUCAACAACUUAUGAAUAGAACCAAGUCCCUGCCUUUGAGUUUUCUCUUAUUUGAUAAUCUGUCAUUCAGAUGUACAUCACAAUACAGAAGAAAAUAUCUAUCAGUACUUCCAUUACGUCACAUUACAUACAGUCACACUUGAGUCUCCUUUAAAAGAACCAAAUUUUUUCAGUUGACCCGAAAAUGAACUCCCAUCAAGUUAAAAAAAAAAGACACCCACAAAACAGUAGGGCUUCUUCGCUUUCAAACUACAAACUAAAUAUUUAAUUAAAUCUCAGCCUUUUAUUAAUCACACAAGGCCAUAUCACAAUUUUGACUUUAAUUGAAUUUAAUUAACUGUGCAGCCUUAGCUCCAGGAUGUGUCUUCUCUCAACACAAAACUUUUUUACCCACUUUGUGUCUUCAGACUCAGCGGAAUGAGAAACAAACAAGCCUCAUCCUGCUUUUAAAGCACAGACAAGUUAUCCCUUAAAAACAUUCAGGAUGCUACGGGGCAUAAGAUCCAUUUAAAAUGCUUUUGUCCAACAAUAAGGCCUGAAGCAUCAUGAAACACUUGUGUUUUCCCACAGCCAACAUUUGCCAUCACUGGAUGAAUUCCAUAGUACGUGGAGAUCUAAUGCCUCGCCAUUUGUUCCAGCCCAAAUAAACAGAACGUGUUCUGUGUGCCCAGAGGUAUGUCUGAGCUUUUUAUAUCCCAUUUACAACCUAGUGGAAGAUGAGCGAAGCCAGGCAUCCAUUUGUCAGGUGUAGUUAUUCAUCUUUUUAUGUGGAGCGCAAGAAACACCUUCCGCACCGAACAGAGCCGACGGAUUCUGUUGAAGAAAGCAGACAGAUGUAACCAUAAAUCAUCUAUAAACAGAACAUAUCCUUCCCGGAGGAAAGCAGUGGAGCUGAAGCAUAUUCUCAAAGCAGCUUGUUGUUUAGCAAGUGCUAUUUUAUGUGUUUUAAUGCCUCAUAUUUAUGCAGAAACAUAUAAUACUCAACAUCGAUGUGAUUAUCUGUUAUAAAUCAUAAUUUUCUGAUGCUGUCAUGACUUUGACAGUCAUUUUUAGUUGAAAUGUGAACCCUGUGUUGUUAUUUUAGUACGCCAUUAAGUCUAACUGCUCUCUCAAGUGUUUUGUUGUUGCUCUGGAGAAGAAUGCAGCUCUGCACUGAAGCACUGUUUUCAUGAUCAGUUGAAUAUGCCAAUUAUGUACCGUGAAUAUGCUUACUACAAAAAUGUUUAUUCAUUUUCUGCGUAUAAUUUGAUAUUUUGGGUUUCUAUCGUCAAUGUAAAGAGACAUUCGAAAAAGAACGAAUGCAUAAUACUUAACUUAUGAGUUCUUAGACUACGCUUGUCUCUUUCUCAUGAUGUUUUGCAAUUGUUGAUUGCUGCUGUUUUUAGUCUUGUUUCUUUGCCAGGAGUGGAUUUCCUCUGCAGGCUGAUGCUUCGCUUGGUGUUGCCGAAGAAGACAUUUCCAAUUUGUGAGCCUGGCGAGCUUUAUUAUUAGCUGCUAUUUAUACAUAAUCUAUUUUGAAAACCAUGGUUGAUAUUGUGUUGGUAUUGCAAUAUGAAGCUUCUGUUUGCUUUUGAAUUGAAACCCGUUCUGUGUUUGCUCAGAUUGUAAUUGCGAGUUGAAAUCAGAGUUAUGUGCAAGUGGUCUGUGAGCAUGUUUAGUUUUCUGCUUGUUUUUAAAAAUAGAAAAAAAACAUACAUAUGAAAUCUCCUUUCUGGUUUCAUUUGGCAUCCUAUGUGAAAAUUAAAGCUGGAUACAAGUGCAGAAUUUUAAUGAGUUGU